AUGGAUUAUCUAACGAAUGUAAACUGGAACAAAGUCACACCAUGUUUAGUGUUGUUAGUUUUAGAAGUUUUAUUAGAUUUUUCAGAUUGUACAUCGCAGGCGGAGGUGAAUAAACACUUGGAACUGGGCCGUGAUUUCCUCGCUCGUGGUCAGCUGUCCGACGCGUUGACACACUAUCAUGCGGCUGUUGAGGGUGAUCCACACAACUACCUCACCUAUUUUAAAAGAGGCACUGUAUACUAUGCAUUGGGUAAAGCAAAAUUUGCUUUACAGGACUUUACCAAGGUUCUAGAGUUGAAGGCAGACUUCACUGCCGCAAGGAUGCACAGGGCCAAUGUCUACCUCAAACUAGCUCAGUACCCUGAGGCCAAAGAAGAUUAUUUACAAGUUGCGUACAGUGAGCCGUACAACGAGGAGGCGGCCAACAUGUACAUGCGCGUGGACGAGCUGGCGGAGCAGCUGCGGCGGGCGCAGGACUACGCGCGCGCCGGCGAGCCGCGCGCCGCCGCCGAGCUGGCCUCGCGCCUGCUGGAGGCCUCGCCCUGGGCCGCGCCGCUGCGCCAGCUGCGCGCCGACUGCUACAUCGAGAUGAACGACCUGUUCUCAGCGGUGUCGGACAUCCGGUCGGUGAACCGGCUGCAGCAGGACUCCACGGACGGCUACUACCGCCUCGCCGAGCUGCUGUACCAGCUCGGCCACGUCAGCGACGCACUCAAGGAAAUCAGAGAAUGUCUGAAAUUAGACCCGGAGCACAAGAAGUGCUUCCCGUUCUACAAGAAGCUGAAGAAGAUCGACAAAUUGCUCCUGACCUGUGAGGAGAAGAGCGAGGCGCGGGACUACUUAGGCUGCAUCGCGAGCGCCGAGCGCGCGCUGGCGGCGGAGCAGGAGGUCACGCUGGUGGUGUUCGAGGCGCGGCGCUGGCUGUGCAGCUGCUACGCCAAGGAGGAGCUGCACACGGAGGCGCUGGCGGCGUGCGGCGCGGCGCUGGCGCUGCGGCGCGACGCGCGCGUGCUGUGCGACCGCGCCGACGCGCUGCUCGCGCUCGACAUGUUCGACGACGCCAUCCAGUCAUACAAGCAGGCGCUGGAGCUGGAGGAGGGGCUGCAGCGCGCGCAGGACGGGCUCAACCGCGCGCAGAAACUGCAGAAGCAGUCCGAGCAGAGGGACUACUACAAGAUAUUAGGGGUUAAGAGGACGGCGAGCAAGCAGGAGAUCGUGAAGGCGUACAGGCGCGCGGCGCAGCGCUGGCACCCCGACAACUUCCACGGCGACGAGAAGAAGCUCGCGGAGAAGAAGUUCAUCGACGUCGCCGCCGCCAAGGAGGUGCUGACGGACCCCGAGAAGCGCGCGCAGUUCGACGCCGGCAACGACCCGCUGGACCCCGAGGCGGGCCGCGGACAGCCCUUCCACGGCUCGCCCUUCCACCACUUCCAGCACGGCUCGCCCUUCCAGUUCAAGUUCCACUUCAAC